CUGCGACACCAGCUCGUGCGGCUUCUUGAGUCGCACGAAAACACUACAAACCUGCAGAGUGUGAGCGGUAUCUGGGAGCUAACACUGCGUCUGACACAUUAAAUACUGUGUCGAAAUGACAGUGUGUAGCUUUUUCCUCCAGGGCCGCUGUCGGUACGGCGACAAAUGUUGGAAUGAGCACCCGAGAGGAGGAAACAGAGGAGGAGGAGGAGGAGGAUACAACAACAACAACAACAACUACAACCGUUCCUCAGCUCAGCAGCAACCCAGAGGAGGUGGAGGAGGGUUUGGAAACCGAGUUUGGGUGAAUCCUUCCCAGCAAAAAGGAGGUUUUAUCCAGCCUUCAUCUUUCUCCUCUCAUGGAAGUGAUGACUGGGGUCGAGGAGGAGGAGGUGGAGGAGGAGGAGGGAAUGACUGGGGUCAAGGAGGAGGAGGUGGAGGAGGAGGAGGAGGAGGAGGGAAUGACUGGGGCAGAGGAGGAGGUGGAGGGAGAAGAGAUAACGUGAAGAGCUCCGAAUUCAGCUUCUCUUCUCAAAACAGAUUUUCAGCACUCAAUACUCCCAGCACCUUUGACAGGGGAGGUCGAGGAGGAGGAGGACAGCAGGUAACAGCUGGUGAGGAGGAUGACGACAAAAAACUGGAGAUGAUUCAGAUGGACAUGGACAUUUGGGAGAGUUCAGGGCAGUGGGGCUUUUCGUGUUACUCUAACUUCAGGACAUCUUUAUCUGGUUUCGCUGAUCUCUCUCCAGAAGAGCUCAGGCUGGAAUAUUACUCCACAAGAGCUUCAGGAGAUCUGCAGAGCUAUGUGAAUGGUGUCAAUCAGUUGCUCAACCAGUGGAGAAGCAGAGUCCAGGAACUUAAGGUUAUGAAGCCAGCCACGCGCACAGCGUUGCUCGCAGAGAUGAACAACCCAGAUCCUCAGGCAUCUUCAGGUGGCUUUGGUUCAGCAACAGUGACUGGAUUUGGAUCCUCAACGUCCAGCUUUCAGAGCGGAGGCUUUGGGGCUCCAGCACCGGCCCAGGCCAACACUUUCAGUUUUGCUGCUCCAAGUGGUGGCUUUGGUUCCUCCGCAGCACCAUCAUCCUCCACAGGUUUUGGCAGUGCCUCAGCAGCUCCUACACAACCUCCCUCUGGGUUCGGUUCCUCAUCUGCACUUCCAGCUUCGUCUUUCUCCUUCGCUGCUCCAGCUGCCAACAAUCCAGCAGCCACCGCAGGAGCUGGCUCUGCCGCUGGGUUCAGUUUCUCCUCGACACCGAGCACAGCAGGAGGCUUUGGGAGCGGAUUCGGGGCUGAUGCAUCUGCUGCAGCAGGAAGGGGCAGUACUUUUGGACAGGCGAGUGGAGGGUUUGGGACGACCUCUGCUCCACCUGCAGCAGGAGCCGGGGCCGCUGGUGGGGCAUCGGACAGUCUGUUUUCACAGGAGAGCGCACUGACUCCAGAGGAACUGAAUCAGUUCAAGGCCAAGAGGUUCACUCUAGGCCAGAUCCCAUUAAAGCCUCCCCCAGCGGACAUGCUGGUGUGAUGACACUACCGUUGAAUUUAAUGUGAUUUUUGAAAAAAAGAGAUCAUUUAUACAAAGAAAAUAUUUCCCUUUUCAACCAAAGUCAGUCUACUAAUUUUUAAGAUAUGGUAAAUGUUUAAAUACUUCAAUUCCGGCAGGGAGAAUUCACUUUGGUUCAUUUAAGAGUUUUUCAUAUAUGCAAGGAAAACUUUACUCACAGAUGUCCAAUACACAGUACCUAUUUUUAGAUGAUGUAAUUUUUGUCGUAUAAAAAUGCAAUUGUAUUUUCAAAAGACUGAAUGUCUUUCAGGAUUAUUCUGAAUCGCCAAUUUUACCUUUUCCCAGGUGUUGAUGCUGACAUUAAGCUUAUCAGCUCAUGAGCAGAUUUUCUGAAGCUUCAUUUGCAUGGUUAUGUAAUCAGACAUAAUCUUUAUCACAACAAAACAAUAAAACACGCAUAGAACUUGGUUGGAAACUUUUAUCUGCACAAAACUCCUGCAGCAGUGUCUUCCUAGAAAUCCCUCUUAAAAGGUGACUUAAGUAGUUUUCAACCUGGACCUAUUUCCAAAUGUUUUUGUUUCUAUGUGACUAAUGGAGACAAAAAUGUUGGUGUAGUUGGUCCAGUAAUGUUUAUGGGUAGUUGUGCACCGUCAAUGUACGUCAACUAAAAGCAUCUGACAACAUUAUGGAAAGGAUUUCUCCAGAGAUGUUACCCAAAAUCACUUUUGCCAAACCCACCAGAUUCCAUCGGAAUAAACAAAUUUUAUCAUCACAAAACACUCUUAAUUUAAAGUUGACAGAAACAAAAAACGUCUUGGUUUCUCUUUCCACUGUUCCAACAAGUACAAACUCUGGUUAGGUUGAAAUAAACCCUUAUUUUACUCAGUUAGGUGUGAAAAUGUGUUGUCUCUAUACACUAAAAUUAAUGUUUGUUCAACUGGAGUCUGGUGGGUUUGCUGAUGGCAAUUUUGGAUCUGGCUAAACAUAGGUAAAAUGAUCUUCCAUCCAUUUCCAUCCAUUUUCAUCUGCUUAUCCAGGGUCAGGUCGUGGGGGCAGCAGACCAAGCAAAGCACCCCUGAUGUCCCUCUCCCUAGCAAAGCUUUCCAGUUCCUCCUGGGGGACCCUAGGGGGGGUGAUCACACCUACAGGUGGCGCUAGAAACGCGGACGCUUCAAAGACACUUGAAAUGCCUGAAACGCCCUUUCAGUGAGUGCUCCUUAAGAGGAGCGCCUGUAGAGCGAGGGUGCAUGAGCAACCGGGCGAUCAAAACAUUGAAAAUGGACCCAAGACGGAGCUAUGGUGCUACUGACGCCCAAAAGUUGAGAUUAUUUCAACUUUCAGCAUCUACAAAUGCGUGUCUAAAAAGACGCCAGAAAGACACUCGUCAUAAAAAAAAUGCUUGAAAACCAGUCAGAUGCGCCGUAUCAUAGGGAAUCAAUUGUUUUCUGGCGUGUCGUUUCUAGCGCUUCUUGUAGGUGUGAUCGCCCUGUAAGGUGUUCCCAGGCCAGAUGAGAUAUGUAAUCCCUCCAGCGUGUUCUGGGUCUGCCCCGGGGCCUCCUACCAGUGGGAUGUGCCCAAACUCCUCCAGCGGGAGGCGCCCAGGAGGCAUCCUGAUCAGAUGCCCGAACCAUCUCAACUGACCCCUUUCAACGAGAAGGAGCAGCGGCUCUACUCCGAGCUCCCUCCAGAUGUCCGAGCUCCUUACCCUAUCUCUAAGGCUAAGCCCAGCCACCCCAAAUAAUCUUACUCUUUAAUAAUAAAAAUGUCUGUCUCUAUAGUGAUCCUUUCUAUAAUUUUGUCAAACAUGGGAAGAUAAAAAAACUCAAGUUACCCUUUAAUGAUAAAGCAACAGAACAUUCUCAUGCUGUCGUCAUACUGUAUUUGUGAAAGGUGUAAUUGCACAGUAUGCCCAGGAGAUGGUGACAGAAUAUCACCAAAAAAUCCAGCCUUUUACCAUUUUAGUAAAGCACAAACAGAUAAGUGCAAACUUUGAUGUAACUUGAAAAGAAGAGGUAGUUCAAAGCCUCAGGCUGGGUAUUAUUCUCCCUCUGCUAAUGCAUGCCUCAGAUUGUAACAUGACACCAAGGCCAUCAGUCUAAAACCAUCCGUCUCCAUCAGCCUGCAGGCCUGCAUCCACUAAGAGAUAGGGAAGUGGUAGUGUAGGGAUGACAGUGAGUGAGUAACCUAUUCAAUACGUAUUCAUUAGGUGUUGAACACCCGGUGGGACCACAAGAAGAGGAAUACGGUGACAAAGAGACAGCAAUAAGCUAUUCUGCUGCUAUAGGGGAUUACGGCUCUGCUGACUGGAGCAUAUUUUCAGCUGACAGGGAGUUUGUGAUAUCGGCGAGAGGUGAAACUGAGCUGGAGCUGCCUCCUGUGUGUGUGUGUGAAAUGAUGUCAGUAUCUCAUGGCUAGGUCAGAGGCAGUGUGAAUUAUUCCUAAUACUCCUCUCUCUUACUUCUCAGUCUGUCAGCAGUAACCUCCCACCCACCCCCCC